CCCCUCCGCCACCACUUCCAGCAGCUUCUAUUACUUGACUUCAGAGGCUCCAAGCCCGUACGUGUCCACUGCCUGCCGGCGGACAUUAAUCAUCGUUGGCCGCUUAUAUAUUCUCGUCAAAUUUCCAUCACUUCCGCCAUGGCCCUGCCAAAAGAUUCCAACUCAUCCUCGGCGGAAGCGUCAAGUUAUAGCAAGAUGGCAGUUGGCGAUGUCGAAGCGAUCGGUGCCCACUGUCAGAUGGCGUUCUGCCACCAACUGGAUUUCCUCCCUUUCCGCUGCGAAUCUUGCAAAGGCACGUUCUGCCUGGAUCACCGAACCGAGUCGACCCAUUCCUGCACCAACGCGGGGGCCUGGGCUCGAGCACGACGAGAAGCACUGUCUCCGUCAGGAAACCGUGCAUCGACAAAACCGAGUCUUCUUACACAUGAGCAACAAUGCAGCGAACCAUCAUGCAAAACCUUGGUCGACACGCCGCUCACUCCGGGCGUCCACUGCGCGACCUGUAACCGCACCUACUGCCUCAAGCAUCGCAUGAACGAGGACCACGGUUGCUCGAAACUUACUCCCCGAGGGGCUCGCCCCGGAUCGGAGCAGCAAAAGAGCAAAGAAAAAGGACUGGCCGCCCUGCAGAGACUCCGCGCGUGGGGUGCCGCCAAGAAGACGGUGGCCAAAGAUGGAAUCACGUCGUCAACCAAAACGUUGUCUUCCCCGUUCAAACCCAAGGCGUCCUCCACAUCUCCCGCCGCUCAAGCACAGGCUCUGGCAGAGUUGAAGCGCUCAGCAAAGGGGGACGCCAAAGUACCUCAGGAAAAGAGAAUAUAUUUGCAUGUGGAAGCGUCGGCGGACACCACCACCGCGAAACACCCGACGGGGAAGUUCUACUACAGUGCGGACUGGACCAUCGGUCGCGUUCUGGAUGCGGCAAGCAAAACGCUCCAAGUGGAAAACGUGAAUAAUCGACGGGAAGGGGAAGGGGACAAGUUGAGGGUUUUCCACGUGGAAGCUGGACGGCUCUUGGAAUUUUCCGAGAAACUGGGCGAGGUUUGCAAGUCCGGUAAUAUGAUUGUCCUGCUCCGCGGUGUUGGCCCUCCAGCUCCAGAUCUGAUUGAACUCUGAGUAGUUGGAUUGAGGAUUUAGCGCAUGCGGUGGUUUAUUGGAGAGGGUGGCAUAGCGACGGCGUUGCAUGAUAUUUUGAUCGGAUUCAACUCG